AUGUCUGUUCUGGUAGAAUGCAUAAGCAAUAGGGAGGCAAAACAUGUCAGGUCGCGCGGGCCGGACCUCCAGCCCAUCACGGCGGGUCGGACUUCAGCCAAUGCCAAUACGGAGCCACCCUCCCUCGACAAUCCCGAAACAUUGGUUUCAUCCAGAGACAUAGUAAUCUCCGAAAACCCCUCCAUCUCCGCGCGCGUGUACCUCCCGAAACUCUACUCCCACACCGCCGAAAAGAUCCCAAUCCUGGUGUACUUCCACGGCGGUGCGUUCUGCCUCGAAUCCGCGUUCUCCUUUCUCCACCACCGCUACCUCAACAUCGUAGCUUUCAAAGCCAAGGUUCUCGUAGUUUCCGUGGGGUACAGGCUCGCCCCAGAGAACCCUCUUCCCGCAGCGUAUGAAGAUAGCUCGGAAGCUCUCAAAUGGGUAACCUCUCAUUCUAACAACACCAACGUUGAACCAUGGUUGAUAAACCACGGUGAUUUUAACAGGUUUUACAUAGGAGGUGACACUGCAGGUGCCAAUAUUGCACACAAUGUAGUUCUUCGUGUGGGUGUUGAGAGUGAGGGUUUACUUGGCGGUGUGAAGAUAGGGGGUGUGCUCAGGUUUGUGUACCUUGAUGCACCACGUGGAAUUGAUAACCCUUUGAUCAAUCCUUUGGCUGGUGGGGCUCCUAGCUUGGCCUCCCUUGGUUGCUCGAAGAUGUUGAUUUUUGUGGCGGGGAAGGAUGAUCUUAGGGACAGAGGAAUUUGGUACUAUGAUGCUUUUAAGGAAAGUGGGUGGAAGGGUGACGUGGAACUGGUCGAAGUGGAGGGAAAGGAACACUGUUUUCAGAUUUAUCAUCCUGAAACUGAGAAUUCUAAGAACAUGAUCACCCGCAUGGCUUCUUCUUGUUUGAACACCGCAUACUUUGUGGAUUAG